AUGGAGGGCGAUGAGGUUAUCGGCGCACCAAAGCAUCCCGACUGGCUGCAAAUGGUGCGCAUUAAGGAAGGGGAGGUUCCCCGCGUGAUCGCCUACGUCUCGACUAGGUUAUCCCGCUAUCGUCCUGCUAUGUGUCACGACAUCCUCGUCCUCUCCCUUUUCAGCAGGGGUGAGGUUCUUAAUCUAAUGAAUGUCUAUUCUGACGAUCAACAUACAGCCAUUGAGCACCUAGCUGCUCGUGUGCAUUCUUUACCACCUUUCAUUUACAUGGCUGGUGACUUUAACUGCGUGUCGACGACUUGGGAUGACUAUGAGCAUGGCGAGUCGUCGAUGGCAAUAUCACUGCGGGAUUCCACAUCUCAGAUCGGCCUCGAGUGGGCACGACCUUCUAACCAUGGACCGACGCGGAUCAGUCCUAAUCCAAACCAGAGAUCCAACGUCUUGGAUCUUGUAUUCUUAGCUCCAUCUGAGAUCUUGAUCUCAAUGCCCAGAUUGGAGCAUGAUCUCCAGGGUCCAUCAGAUCAUGUCCCGAUCUGUACGGAUCUUGAUAUUGGUCCCGAGCCACCCGGAUCUGGGCGACGGACAAUUAAACCCAGAAGCGAGGCUGAGAAGUCUUUCAUUUUGGAUAUCCUCCGGGACCUUGCAGCUAUUCCUGUCGCAGCCCUGGCAACCAAGGAAGGCGUUGAAGCUUUAGCCGAUGCUAUUGCGACAGCAUUCUCGGACACAUGGCUUGCCCACACGACCAAGUCCAAGCCUACCAAGUGCUCCAAGUCCUGGUGGACAGACGAGUGCUCGGAAACUUUCAGAGUAUAUCAGUUGAGCUGUAUGCUGGCUGAUUACAACAAGUUUAAGAAGGCGUGUAAGGAUGCCAAAUGUAACUUCUUUGAUGAACACAUUGCAGAAAUUGCUACCUCUUGCAAGCACCUGUGGGACCUAAUGGAAUGGGUCAAACAGUGCAAGCUACCACCCUGUGAGGCUAUUCGCAAUGGCGACCGGCCUUGCCAUGAUAUGGACGACCUUUGGGAUGCCCUUCAUGGCACGUACAACUCGGCCUCAGGUUGUGAGUACAACACUUCAGUCUUAGACGAGCUUCCCGACAAGCCGGUCUGUGAGUGGGCUGACUUUUCGGAGCAUCAGUUGUUGAGUGCUCUUAAGGGGUGCUCCAACUCCUCUGCACCAGGACUGGACCAUGUUACAUGGGUCCACCUAAAGGAGUUGCUCAAGGAUAAACAUGUCCUUGCGCUCUUCAUCGUGUUGGCCAAUGCUUGCCUUCAGGUGGGUCAUUGGCCUCGUAUUUUCAAGGAGUCGCUGUCGGUUAUCGUUCUGAAGCUGAACAAGCCCUCCUAUGCAGUGCCAAAGGUUUUCAGGCCGAUUGUACUCCUCAUCACUUUUGGCAAACUUAUCGAAAAGAUGAUAGCCAAUAGGAUACAGUUUGAUGCUGUCAAACAUGAUAUCUUCCAUCCAAACCAACUUGGCGGUAUCCACCAGAGGUCCACUGAGGAUGCUGGAUUGAUUCUUACCCAUCUUGUGCAAGCGGGGUGGGUUAAGGGUCUCCAGACUAGCGCGCUGGCCUUCGACACCCCAAUGACAGCAAUAGCAUCUAGUAAACCACUAAAGGACGUCCGCCCCCCCAACCACGAGCCUUGUGGCUCAAACGCCGAAACUCCCACAAAGCCAGACCCACCUCGCGAAAACGGUGACGCGGGAUAA